AUAACACUAGAAUGUCAUCUUUAUUAUUCGUUCGGAAACAGACAUUAAGUGAAUAAAACUGGUGACACCCAAAACUAAAAUAUUCUAAUGAAAAACCUGCAUCUGUCAAAUUACGUCAAGUUAUCAUAUUCGGGUCGGGACUUCCUAUUAUUUGUAAUUUUUAUAUUUUCCGUUUAAACACACUGAAUUUAUUAGAUAUAAUCACCUUACCGCCUUCCUGAUAACCUGCAUCGAAAAUGACUGACCAACAAAUGGAUUGUGCAUUGGAUUUGAUGCGGAGGCUACCGCCUCAGCAAAUUGAGAAAAAUUUGACCGACUUGAUAGAUUUAGUUCCGAGCAUGUGUGACGACUUGUUAUCAUCAGUAGACCAGCCUUUGAAGAUAGCUCAGGACCGCAGCAACGGGAAGGAUUACCUGUUGUGCGACUAUAACCGUGACGGGGACUCGUACCGCUCGCCGUGGUCGAAUACCUACGACCCGCCGCUGGAGGACGGCUCGAUGCCCUCCGAGCGGUUGAGGAAACUCGAGAUAGACGCCAACCAUGCGUUCGAUCAGUACCGGGAGAUGUACUUCGAGGGCGGCGUCAGUUCCGUGUAUUUGUGGGAUAUGGACCAUGGAUUUGCAGGUGUAAUAUUGAUAAAGAAAGCGGGUGACGGUUCACAAAAGAUCAAGGGUUGUUGGGACUCAAUCCAUGUGGUGGAGGUGAUUGAGAAGAGCUCUGGCCGGAAUGCCCAUUACAAGCUGACCUCCACCGCCAUGCUGUGGCUCCAGACCAAUAAGGAGAGCAGUGGCACCAUGAACUUGGGAGGCAGUCUCACUAGGCAGGCAGAACAAGACUCGGCGGUGAGCGACGUGACGCCGCACAUCGCGAACAUCGGACGCAUGGUUGAGGACAUGGAGAACAAAAUCAGGAAUACGCUCAACGAUAUUUACUUUGGUAAAACUAAAGACAUAGUGAACGGCCUGCGGUCGGUGGUGCCGGCGGAGGUGGCGCUGCGCACGGCCGCGCUGCAGCACGACCUGGCGCUAGCGCUGCAACGCCGCCACGUGCAGCGAGACGACUGAGUGCAUCCGUUACUGCUCUAUACAUGAGGUGGAGAUAUUGGGUGACACGAAGACAGACGUAUAAGGAAGCGACACAUUGUGAAAUGAACGAAAAUACAAAAACUUAUGAACAAAAAGUUUUAUUUUAAAAAGUUUUUCUCAACCGUUAAUAAAAUUAGUAAUACAUCAAUGCGCCGUGGUGCUUUGAAAUAGUCCGUAUAUUUAUGUAAUUACGUCUUCAUAGAAUGUAUUUGGAGUAAGAGUUGUGUAUAGUUGUUGAGAGCAUCACAUGCGCGAUACUUCUGGUAAAGAAUUUAAAAAGUUAGAAAACAUUCCAUCUGGUUAUUUAAUGCUUUAAAAUGGCGAUUUCAAGCGCUCAAAUAAAAACUUGAAAUUACUAAAGUAUUAAGUAGUUUUAGGACGUUUCAGAAAGUAUCGCGCGUGUGUAAUAAUAGUAACCUAUCCAAUUUUUGAAAUGUAUAAGUUUUAUUAUUAAUUCGGCCCAAAUAUCAUCCAUCUCAUUUUGCAUUUUUUAUCGCUUAGUUUUUUUUUAUUGUAGAUUUAAAAUUGUAUUUUUAAAUAUAAGAUAUUAUGUUAAAUAAGAGAUCGGUUAUUCUAUAUGCGCCAAAGGGCGAAGAAAGCAACGCGCCAAUUAACAAUGUUGCUAUUUAUUUCACAUAGUAAUAGAUUAUAAUUGGCCUCUCUAAAUAAAUAUAUAUUCUGAA